ACUUGCCGGUGGCGAGGCUGGAGCCGGGUCGUUCAGUCAACCUGGGUGACAUCAAGGAAGGUGAUGAUGUGUAUUUUGUCUGCUACAUCACCUCUAACCCAAGCAUCUACAAGCUCUUCUGGAUUCACGAGGGCCAGGAGCUUCACCACAACGUGUCAGCAGGAGUGAUCAUGAGCAACCAGAGCCUGGUGUUGCAGAGAGUGAGUCGUGCAGCUUCAGGUCAGUACUCCUGCGUGGCUUCAAACAUUCAGGGAGACGGUCACUCCAACCCUCAACUCCUCAGAGUCAAGUCAGACGCGCCUGUGUGUCGCCACAAGCAGAUGGUAUACCUGGGAGCAUCCAAAUAUGAACAGAUUAGUCUCACCUGUGACCUGGAUGCUUACCCGACACCCAGCCACUUCCGAUGGACGUUUAAUAACAGCGGAGAGAGCGUUGACGUUCCCCAGGAGCACAUAGUAGCAGGAGGGUGGCGCUCCACGGUCACCUACGCCCCCAACACUGACCUCGACUAUGGAACGCUUCUCUGCUGGGGACUCAACUCAGUGGGUGUGCAGCGCCGCCCUUGUGUCUUCCACGUCUUUCCUGCAGAUCGCCCUGACCCCGUGCACAACUGCACCGUGCACGUGUCCAUGGCUGCAGUGAACGUCGUCUGUAUGGCAGGCUUUGACGGUGGUCUUCCCCAGACCUUCAUCUUGGAGCUGUACGAGUCGAGUCAUGGUCGCCUUUUGGCCAACUCCACCAGCACGGUGCCUAGGUUCUCGGUGGAGGGCCUGGAGGCCGGGAUGGCACUGCAGGGGGUAGUGUACUCCUUCAAUGCCAAGGGUCGAGGGGAGGAGGUGGCACUCUCAGCUCUAACUCUCACACACCUGCCUGAGAAACAUACUGCUGCAGUCAAGCCAUCGCCGGGACCAGCACCGCCCACGGUGGGUCAUCGCGCCCACACCACGACGGUGGCGGUGCUGGUGGGCGUGGCCGCCGGAGCGCUGUUGGUGGUGGUGAUCGUCUGCGUCGCCGUCCGGGUCCGUGGGCGUGCGGGCGUGGGGGCGCCUGCGGGUAACCUCGCCAAGACCAACCCCGAGACCUCCCUCAAGGAUUCUAACUUGCGUCAAGACGAGAAUCCUGACGUCAUCCCUCAGUCAGAGACACAGAGUAUGGGCGAGAGAAGAGUAAGGACCAUUACCACGGCAGCUACUCUUUUACACACCUACCAGGCUCUCCAAAACUACCAGCCAGCCAGCAGUGGUACUGACGCUGGUGAUGGUGAUGUCCUGCUGCAUGGGGGUAUCUCUGGAAUGUCACUGAAGCUGAACAACUGGAAUCCAAAGCAUCCCACCUCUGCAUCCCUUCCCCACACAGCUACGUAUCUCCAGCAUGUCUCACCGCCUCUCCAACAUGCUUCUGUUCUUCUCCAACACGCUGCUAUACCUCUCCAACACGCUACUGUACCUCUUCAACGUGCUGCACCACCUCUCCAACAGCUUCUCACUCGCAGCAGCAACGACAAUGACCGCUUCUCACUUUAUCAGCAGAAACCAGGAAACAACACCAUAAAGGCCGUGGAUGGUUAUAACAGUCACUCGCAGGAGCUACAGCAAGAAUCCAAACCUUUAAGGUCUACUGCAGUAGCUGAAAAUCAAGGACGUCCAUCACUGACGCCUUCCUCGGCAGCAAAAGGGCAAGAACACUUUUCAUUGAUUUUUUCAACCACGAAAGAGCCACAACACGCUCAAUUGUGGCUAUCUUCCGCAGCGAAAGAGAAAAAACUGAAGUUCAACUUAGCACCAAAAGAACGUGCUCAUACUAUGUUGAGGUCCAAGUCGGUACCGAAAGAACGAGCUCAUGCUAUGUUGAAGUCCAAUUCAGUACCGAAAGAACGUGCUCAUACUAUGUUGAGGGCCAAUUCUGUACCGAAAGAACGAGCUCAUGCAAUGUUGAAUGUCUAAUUCAGUACCAAAAGAACGUGCUCAUACUAUGUUGAGGUCCAAGUCAGCGGCUAAAAGGCUAGAAGACUCUCCCUUCACAGCAACUUUAUCAGCCAGAGAGCAAGACGAUGCCCCCUUCAUAUCCCCUGCAACAGCAGUUCAGGAGUACUUAAUGACAUGUGAGGAUCAACCUGGUGAGCCCGACGCAUGUGUGCCGCUCAUCGCCGGACAGAAGGAGAGUUCAGUAUAAGACCAAAACACAGAGGAUUAAGUCACUUAUUGAUAUGACAGCUCAACACACGACAUUGAUACGACAGCUCAACACACCCUUUGGCAAGGGUGUGUUGAGCUGUGUGAAGCGCAACGAGACACUUGACAAGACUUUGUAUAGAUGAAGUAGUACUUCUGCCGCACGUUUGCAAGAAGUGAAGCACUUUGACAAAGCCUUGCGGUGACGCUCUCUUGGGUGUGUGUGUGUGCUGCGGUGAUUUCACAACUCUCAGAUAAAUUUGCUGCAUUUAAUGGUAUUAUUGUAGCCUAAAGACAAACUAAAAAAACUGCUUGUAAGGCAAACAUAUCAGUCAAAAAUAAGCAGAGAGAAAGAAAAUGCUUUGUGCUAGAUAUACAUAACUUUUUGAUAGAAUAAUUAUAUUUUGUCUGGAAAAAUGAACUUUGAUAUUACAAAAAUAGAAACAGAAAAAGACGAACAAUUAAUUAAUAGAUUGCAGUACCUUUUUUUUUUAUACAGAAUGAGCAUAACUAAGAUGAUUAUUAUUUACGUUCAUUUGGGUGUUCUAAAUCUACAGAGGUCAUAUAGCUCCUGGGAAAAUGGGAGGGAAUCAGGUUCAAACGCCAGGAAAAGGGAGAUCAGGUCCAAUUCCUGGGACCAAGGAACCUCCUUCAGGGGCUACCAACUCCUAGACUGCAAUGUCUGUUCCUCACAGUGUGAGUACAGUCUAAAAUACCAUAAAUCUGAAGACAUAGACAUCCUUUGCGAGGUUCCCUUUAAGGCUGUUGUUGUUGCUACAAUGUCCUCAAAAGAACAUUGAUCUCUGAAUCAAAUGUUUGUUUUUCUUUCCAUUACAUUAUCCAGACGCAAUUACCACGACAGUAAAUGUUGGUACUGAAAUUAUAAAUGCCAGAACCACAACAAUAUGUGCCCGAACAACAACAAUAAAUACUGUAAUCACAAUAAACAUUCCAGUACUGUAACAAUAUAUGAUACAAAACAAUAAAAAUAAAUGCCAGAAUCACACGAUAAGUGCCAGAAUCACACAAUAAAUCCCAGAAUCACACAAUGUCAGAAUCACACAAUAAAUGCCAGAAUCAUGACAAUAGCAGAAUCACAAUAAAUGCCAGAAUCAUGACAAUGGCAGAAUCAUGACAAUGGCAGAAUCAUGACAAUGGCAGAAUCACACAAUAAACGCCAGAAUCAUGACAAUAAAUGUCAGAACAAAAGGGAAACAGAAUCCGGUGCUGCUUAUUUUCCUAAAUUCUUAUAAACGUCUCUUAGUUUAACCAACAAAUAAACUUAGUCACUUUAAGAACCAUACCCAUACGGGUUAUACAGCGCUUAAUUUUACCAAUAAAUUUGGCCUUACAGCGCUCAUACAUAUUUGCAGGAAAGAUAAGUCACAUGACCCUCUCAGUUAAGCUUUUGGUUAUGUGAGCGAAGCUUCCUGUCAGCUUACUGCUUCUUCCUCUACAAAAUAAAGUAGAAGAAUUGAGACACUUAUGCAACACAUG